GGUGUGAUGGUUGGUAUGGGCCAGAAAGAUAGCUAUGUUGGUGAUGAGGCACAGAGCAAAAGGGGUAUCCUGACCCUGAAGUACCCCAUUGAGCAUGGUAUCGUCACCAACUGGGACGACAUGGAGAAGAUCUGGCAUCACACCUUCUACAACGAGCUGAGAGUUGCGCCCGAGGAGCACCCCGUCCUACUCACAGAGGCUCCCCUGAACCCCAAGGCCAACAGGGAAAAGAUGACCCAGAUCAUGUUCGAGACCUUCAACACCCCUGCCAUGUAUGUGGCCAUCCAGGCUGUGCUGUCCCUGUACGCCUCUGGUCGUACCACUGGUAUUGUCAUGGACUCUGGUGAUGGUGUGACCCACACAGUGCCCAUCUAUGAAGGCUACGCCCUGCCCCAUGCCAUCCUCAGGUUGGACCUGGCUGGCAGAGUCCUCACAGACUACCUCAUGAAGAUCCUGACUGAGAGGGGUUACAGCUUCACCACCACAGCUGAGCGUGAGAUUGUGCGUGACAUUAAGGAGAAGCUGUGUUAUGUUGCACUGGACUUUGAGCAAGAAAUGGGCACUGCUGCCUCCUCUUCAUCCCUGGAGAAGAGCUACGAGCUGCCUGACGGACAGGUCAUCACCAUUGGAAAUGAGAGGUUCCGUUGCCCCGAGGCCCUCUUCCAGCCUUCUUUCCUUGGUAUGGAGUCUUGCGGUAUUCAUGAAACUACCUUCAACAGCAUCAUGAAGUGUGACGUGGACAUCCGUAAGGAUCUGUACGCCAACACUGUGCUCUCUGGAGGUACCACCAUGUACCCUGGCAUCGCUGACCGUAUGCAGAAGGAAAUUACUGCCCUGGCACCCACCACCAUGAAGAUCAAGAUCAUUGCUCCCCCAGAGAGGAAGUACUCUGUAUGGAUCGGUGGCUCCAUCCUGGCUUCCCUGUCCACCUUCCAGCAGAUGUGGGUCUGCAAGCAGGAGUACGAUGAAUCCGGCCCCAGCAUUGUUUGUAGAAAGUGCUUUUAAACCACUUGCAAGUUU